UCUCAUCGAGGUCGACAAAGACGUGACGACUCCACAUUUUAGAUAGAACAAUAAAUGGACGACAACGGAGAUAUUCCAGUCUACUCCGAGCGUCAUCUUACGCUCUUCCAACGUGUCAAAGAUGCAUUGGACGACCUUCCAGUGUUGCAUGAUUCCGCCAUUCCAAAGGACGAAUCCUGUGCCAUAUGUCUCACUCCCUUUCAUGCGAUACUUGCAGGCGAGGUGCCUCAGGAAGGAGAAGAGGAAUUUGAAGAUGGCGUGACAAAGGUGGUGGGCUGCGGCCACUUGUUCUGUCGGAAAGACUUAUCAGAGUGGAUACGAAAUUUUCAUGGCAGUUGUCCAACGUGUCGACAUCCUUUUCUGGAUAUAAAGCCGUACACCGAAUCUGACGCGGAAUCCUCUGACGAUGAAUAUUUUCCUGAUGACGACGAAGAUGAAGAAGACGACUUCUUCGGGACGGACGAGUUUGAUGACGAACUCGAGGUGGAAGAGAUGGACGUAGACCUGGAUGACAUUUGGGGUUAUGUUGACUUGCAUGGUGGUGAAGAGUCUAAUGAUGAGGAAGAGCAUGCCGAGCCGGAUAUAAGCGGUCUGCUCGAAGAUCGUGGUGUGUUCUUCAACCUACUCAUCGAAGUCCACUGACAUCUUUGGAAUAGAACAAUUCUGCAGCACAUCUGAUGCCGAAACCAGCAUAGAGGCAAAUGCUACCUGCGACGAUCCGGCUCCACGCGAUAAAUAAGUUUUCUGGAGGUAACUAUGGAUGCAU